AUGAAUUUCAUACGGCGUGCAAUAAUAUACUGUUACGGUAUUCCGAAGAAGAUCAUCACUGAUAAUGGGACCCCAUUUAAGAACAGGGGAAUGGAGAAAUUGUGCCAAAAAUUUGAUAUCCAGUAUUCAUUCUCAACACCUUACUACCCACCAGCUAAAGGGUUGGCCGAAGCAUUCAAAAAGAUGAUUGUGAAAAUAUUGAAGAAAACAGUUGCAGGAAACAAACGCGAUUGGGAUGAGAAGUUGAUUGAAGUUGUUAUCCCCAUUGAAGUUCAAGUUGCAUCACUCAAAAUGACAGUACAUCAGUCGAUUACUGAUGAUGAAAAUGCUAAGAUCAGGCCGGCAGAGUUGAAUUUGCUAGAUGAAAAGCGAUUAACGACCUAG